CUUUGAUUCUUUUGGAAGUUAUCUCUAUAAAAAUGGUUCUCAUUGAAAAGGCUUUAGUGUUCCUAAUUAAUGCCUUCAAGGAAAAGAACUACAUUGUCCUUCUAGCUGCUAUAUUAGGGGUUUUAAUACCGAUAAUAAUUUUCCGUCUUCGUCGGUAUCGAGACUCGAUUGGCAGGAAUCCCUUUGAGGAAGACACUGUCCGACCUGCAGAACCCAUCAUAGAGGAUCAAUCCGAGAGAGAUAAGAUCUUAAAACAGGGUUUUGCAACCAAGAAGAUCCCGGAGAACCUCGAUGCUGUGGUUAUUGGUAGUGGUAUUGGAGGCAUGACCUGUGCUUGUUUGUUGGCUAAAGCGGGCAAGAAGGUGUUGGUGUUGGAGCAACAUGAUCAAGCUGGGGGUUGCUGUCACACGUUUCAUGAUAAAGGAUUUGAAUUUGACACUGGAAUUCAUUACAUUGGUGAAAUGCAAAAUAAUACCAUGACAAAAUUCCUGAUUGACCAACUGACGGACGGACAGCUACAGUGGGCACCUCUGGAGAAGCAGUAUGAUACAGUAGCAAUAGGUGACCUGAGUAAACCAAAAAUCUUCCCAAUCAUGAGUGGAAAAGAGGAAUAUAGGCAUGCCCUGUAUGAAAAGUUUCCUGAUGAAAAGAAAGCCAUUGAUAAGUACCUAGAGCUUCUAAAGAAAAUGAGGAAGAGCACGAUGGGUUUCUUUGUUCUCAAGGCUUUACCCUAUUGGCUUGGUAGGAUUCUUGUAUCUACAGGUCUCAUACAUCUCUUCACUGACUACUUCAAGAUGGCCAAGAGAUCGUUAACAGAGGUUCUUGAUGAAUUAACUGAUAACAGAGACCUUAAGACGGUGUUAGCUUACUGUUUUGGAGAUUAUGGCACUAUCCCAAAAGAAGCCAGUUUUGCCAUGCACGCCAUUCUUAUCAACCAUUUCAUGCAUGGUGCCUCUUAUCCCCGUGGUGGUGCCAGCGAGAUUGCACUCCACAUCACACAAGCUUUGGAAAAAAGGGGCAGUACUGUUUUGGUCAGGGCCAAGGUGGACAAGGUACUCUUGAAUCCUUUGGGCCAUGUAAAAGGUGUACGUGUGUCUAAAAGCAGUGGUGAUGUUGACAUUCUCGCCCCUCUUGUUAUUUCUGCUGCUGGUUUCUACAACACUUACGAAAAACUCCUGCCACCCAGUGUUUCUCCAUUAAAUGAUAUCCUCCCCAAGACCAAAGGAGUCAGGCAUGGCGUCGGUGCAAUGUCUGUUUAUAUCGGACUGAAAGGAACGAAGGAGGAACUUGGAAUCAAAGCAAGUAACGUCUGGGCCUUCACUGGCAACAACUGCGACGAAAUCACCGAGGAAUACCUGAAAAUGAGUCCAGAAGAAGCAGGCAAUCAUGACAUCCCUCUUCUCUUUAUUUCAUUUCCAUCCACUAAAGACCCGGAAUGGGAGAAGCGAUUCCCAGGAAAAUCCACUUGUACUAUCGUCUCGUUUGCACCAUUCGAAUGGUUUGAAAAGUGGGAAGAGAUGAGGGUCAUGAAAAGAGGGGAAGAAUACGAAGAGUUGAAGCUUCGCAUUGCCCGACGUAUGUGGCAGCAAACGUGCCGCUAUUUCCCUCAGCUGGAAGACAAGGAGGAGUUCUUUGAUGCUGGGUCGCCAUUGUCCAAUCAGUAUUACAUCGCGUCCCCUCGUGGGGAGAUGUAUGGCAUAGAUCACAACAAGGAUCGCUUUAGCCCCGAGACCUGCAUCAACCUCCGUCCAGAAACGGGUAUUCCUGGAUUGUACCUGACUGGACAAGAUGUUCUGACCUGUGGUUUUGCCGGGGCCAUGUUCGCUGGGCUGUUCACUGUGUCUUCUGUCUUAAAUAGAAAUAUCAUCUCAGAUUUAAUGAGUUUGCGCAAGAAGGCACGGAAGCCAAAACUUCAAUAAAAAAAUCGAUAACUUUAAAUAAAUUGUGAUCAAAGGGCAAGACAUCUCUAGCCAUGUAUAAUUUUCUUCAUGCUUUCAAACUUCACCGUGGAAACAGCGUAGUAUAAACAUGUAUACUACUGUGAGUUAACAAUUUUAAAACACGUCAAUCAAGGAUUCCUUUUCACUUUUAACACUCAAUCUUCUCUAUCACCAAUCGGAAAAAGCACCAUAUGUCAUUACAAUAAUAUUAGAGUCCACUAAAGCAGCCCCAUGGUACAAGGCGUUCUGUAAUUCCAGAAGCUCCAAUAGCGACGCAAGCCAAGAGACUUUAUUUCAUUGUGAAAGUAGGCUAAACGCAAACCAUAGUUAAUAGAGGGGGAAAUAAAUAAAAUAAAUAAAUCACUUUUAUUUAA